UGCAAUUGAGGCAAAAAAUGAAUGAAGACGAAGAUUCGCCACACGCGUGCAAGCACGCAUACAACGCGCAUUCAAGAUGUCUUCGUCCUUUGCUAUAUAUUUAUAGCUAGAGACAAAUAUACACCUGGCGUAGGUCCAAUCGCCCGUAUACCCGCACACAGUCUACGGGAAAAACGGACAAACCCCGUAAUAGCGGAGCUGUGUCAGUGCUAUUAGUGACGUUGCGCGCAGUGUAUAGGAAUCUUGAACGUGGACGCGUGUAAAAAAAGAGAAGAAAAAAUAGAAAAAAUGAACGAGAUUCGUGGAUCGAUACUAUAAAGACGAACCGACUUUCGGGGAAAGACUAGAUCGCGAGAAACUACCCUCUUUACGAUGCGAGUGCUGUCCGAUUACACGAUUACGAUGCUAUUACCGUAUCCAUUCAGAAUGGAAGAGACGACGAACGCCGCGACGACGAACGCCCGUUUCUGACCGAGUGACGACCGACCGAUCGACCGACCGACCGACCGACAACAGUCUAGGAUAAAUUUAAUUCAUCUGUCGGCCCGUCACAUUUGGAUUGAUAUCGGUGCCGAUUGAGAUGCACUCCAUGUAUUCAUUUAAAAAAGGCGAUCCUCUUUGUCCUUUGGGUUUCCAUCCACAGGUUCGGUGGCCAACGCGUUGCAAACGAUGUUUUAGGGAUUAUAAAGAGCAUGGCGGUAGAAGAAACAGUCUCGGAGAUAUCACGUCUUCGUCUCCUAGUCUUUCUACAGACUCUGCACACGGAUCUGAGAACAAUAGGAUAUGGUCUUCCGCUACAAAUUUGGCAAAAGACGAAACCAAAAAUAAUCAUUCACAAUUGCCGGCAUCGGCUGGAUGGACAUCGCUGAUGGAUCUCUCCAUUAUAGAUAAGAAUCCAGAAGACGCUCCUAAAUUAGAAAAUGUUAGAAAACCGGCGAAGCUUCAAAUAAAAAAUGUGAUAAGCAACAUUAACAGUGGCACUUCGGAAAACGACGUUGAAUUUAUUAUUCAGGUAAGGAAAUCACUAUCAGCACCGUCAAAACAGAUGAUCCAGGAUGGACCGGAUAAUGUUACGGUAAAAAGAGAAGACACCAAGGAGAAUGAGAUAGAAAAAUUGAGGUCUCAGUUAAAUGAUAUAAAAGCAAGAUGCGAGAAAGCAGAAAAAGAAAAAAGCGAGAUAUUACUGCGUCGAUUGACGACCAUGGAGACAUUGUCGAAUAAAACAUCGACAAGUGAAGUGACAAAACUACAGAAGAAAAAUGAAGCACUUGUGCAAGAGAAAAGUGUAUUACUAGCAAAGAUAAAAAGUUUGGAAAAAGAACCGAUUAGUAAACCGUACAGAGGUGAAAGGGACAAAACGUACGAUGAAUUACGUUCGAAACUGAAAGCGGCAGAAAACCUUUGUGAAAGUUUAAUGGAUGAAAAUGAGGAUAUGAAAAAGGAAAUUAGACAAUUAGAAGAAGAAAUCUAUGAGUUGCAAGAUAAUUUUAGGGACGAACAAGCAGACGAGUAUACUCGUUUACGAAAAAAUUUAGAGCAAUCGAACAAAAAUUGUCGAAUAUUGUCGUUCAAAUUGCGAAAAGUAGAACGCAAAGCUGAAGAAUUAGAAAAUGAUCGGUCAGCUUUAGAGAAGAAAUAUGAAGAGGUAAAAGAAACGGAAGAGGUUUUGCAAAAAGUAAGCAGUGCAUUUCAGGACAGAACGCAAAAGAAGCCGACGGAAUCCACAACAAAAUUGCAACUUAAAAAGAUGGUUGACGAAGUGGAAAAAGAAAUAGAGGACAUACUAAAUAUCUUUAUCAAUAUUAAAAAUGGACAUAAUGUCGAUAUACCGGAUGUAAAAUCGAAAAAUAAUACUUUAAAGUAUGAUAAACUUCUAAAAGAACAUGAAUUGCUUAAAGAGAAAUUCGAAUCUCUUAUGAAAGAACUGGCUAGCGAAAAAGAGAAGAAAAAAGUUCAGCCAAGUCUUAAAGUAGAAGAUACCAAAAAUAUGGAUUUACAAAAUGUAAAGAGGAAGUUGGAUGAAGUAGUUACUUUACGAGAAGCUGAAAGAAAAGCCUGGGAUAAAGAGAAAUUGGCACUUUCAGAAGAAAAGGAGAAAUUGAAAUCUAAACUUUUGUCGUUAUCGUCCGAAAAAUUAAAAAUUUAUAACGAGGUUGUACAACUAAAGAAAGAUCUCGGAACAGCUAAAACGUCAGAAAAAGAUACAGCAACGAUGGAGACAACAAUAAAUGAAAUAACAGAAAAACUUUCCCAAGAACAAGAAAAAUGUAAAAGGCUACAAGAUGAUUUGUCAUCGUACACCGAAAGGGAAUUGAAAAUGUCGCAAUCGAUAACAUCUGUUGAACAAACGAAAGCCAAGCUUGAUUCUGAAGUAAAAUAUUUGAAAAAGGAAUUAGAAAAUACAAAGUCUACGACAUCAAUGAAAAUCACAGAUCUAACUGCAGAGCUUGCGGAAGUUAAGCAGGAGAGAGAUAAAUUAACAUCGCAACUUAAUAGCGAGAAAGAGGCAAAGGAAACUGAAGUAGCGACACUUAAGAAAAAGAUAACUUCUUUAGAAAAGGCUGGGCAAAAUACAAAACGCAUGAACGAGAUGAAAGAAACUUAUAAUGAAAAAAUAUUAAAUCUCGAGAAUGAGAUUAAGAAACAUCAGCACGAGCAAGAAACUCUUACCGAACAAUAUCAAGAGCUUACCAACUCAAAGCUGCAGGUUGAAAGGCAGAAUGAAUCUCUGAAUAGCAAAUGCUCGGAACGUAAGAGAGACUUAAAAAAUAUACAAACCGAACUUGAGGAGUUGCGUAAUUCAAUGAGAACGAAAGAAAGUGAGUGGCGAUUAGAGAAAUCUGCUCUUGAGGGUCAAAUUCGUGACAAUCAAUUGCCGAAUAAAAUUAUUGUAGAAGAAUUGAACGACGAAAUUAAUACAUUGAAGAAAGAGAAUGCCACUUUAUUAGAACGACUGGAAGAUGUACGAAAAAUAGGAUGGAACAUGGUUAAAAACAACAAUUAUUCACGCAAUGCCGCGUCGGUUGGGUGACCACGACACACGGCGCGA